CAAUUAUCAUGUUUCACCACAACAAGAUAAAAUCAAGCAUUACUAGCUAAAUAGAGGAAUACUUGUUGACAAACGUUUGCUUUUAUAAUUUUGGUACUUUUACUAUUUUAAAUAUGGCUAGGGUGAAGGCAUUGGGCUUUCUUGCUUUGCUUGUUUUGUCAACUCUUAUUAUGGACUCUGAAGGUCGGGUGGCACGAAAGGAUUUGGGCCUAGACUUGGGUGGUGGUAUAGGAGUGGGCGUUGGUGCUGGUGUAGGCUUGGGCUUAGGAGGUGGAAGUGGUUCAGGAGCCGGUGCGGGAGCAGGUUCUGGCUCUGGCUCUGGCUCAAGAUCGAGUUCUAGUUCAAGCUCAAGCUCAGGUUCAACUUCCUCGGGCAAUGGCGGUGCAGGUUCAGAGGCAAGCUCGUACGCUGGAUCAAGAGCUGGUUCUGGUUCUGGUUCCGGCAAUCGAGGUGGAUCAAGUGGUGCAGGUUCAGAGGCAGGCUCAUACGCUGGAUCAAGAGCUGGUUCUGAUUCCGGUAAUUAAGGUGGAUUAUUUGUGCUCGUGGACUCGGAGGUGACUAUGGUAAUUAAAUAUUCCAUUAGAAAAAAGGGAGAUUACUACUUUUGUAAUGAAUAAGAAUAAAGAAUAUUGUACCAGUUUGUGCCGUUGUCACUUGUGUAUUAGAUUAAAUGGAGUAAUUGAAGUAUGGUUUGUGUUUUAUGUUC